CAGCACGCGCGGGACCGUUGCGUUGCCAUGACAACUGAACUACAAUAAGGAAUAUUGCCGCACAGAUCUGGUUAUAUCUAUGACAUUGCUGGUACACAAUGCAGUCUGCAUUUUAAGUGUUUCCAUACAUGUUAAGUGUCUAGUCAGUGUCCAGUCUUCUGCCUAGUGUACGCGUAUCGCCCUUCCGCCGCCGGUCACGACUUCCCCGUGUCUGGUGCAGGCGCAUUCCUCACGCAGUCGACGUUCACACAACACAACUUGGCAAAUAAAUAUGAGGAAAAAUGUGCUGCAACUGCUCCUUGCUGGGUGCGGAGGGCAACGCGUGCGACAUCCGUACCGGGCAGUGCCGCUGCCGGCCGCAUGUCACCGGCCGCGCCUGCGAUACCUGCGAGGUAAACAUAACCAAACCAAACCAUGACAACAGCCAUACUAAACUAUUUAAGCACUUAGCAACUUUUUUUUUUAUUUCAUACAGUUCCUUGUGUUCUUAUUUCAGUGCGCACAAAUCAUUGCGACCUAUUUGCACAAAUCAACCGGCGACUGACGCACCGAAUGAAUGUGUCGAGUCGCAAAAGCUUUACGAGGGGUACUGGGGUCUGGAGGUGGGCGGGUGCCGGCGCUGCGCGUGCGGCGCGGGCGCUGCAGCCUGCGAUCCCGCAACGGGCGCCUGCGCGUGCGCGCGGGGAGCGGGUGGAGCUCGCUGCGACCACUGCCUGCCCGGAUACUACGGCUUCGGACCCGCGGGAUGCUUGCCAUGUCCGACGUGUUCUGCGGGCAAGGUAUGCUCGAGCGCGAGCGGGCGCUGUGUGUGCCCGGCGCGCACUCGUGGGCCCGCCUGCGCGCAAUGUGCGCGUGGCUACUGGGGCCGCGCUCACGGCUGCCCUCCCUGCGCCUGCGGACCCGGCGCCCUCUCCUCGAGUUGCGACCCGGUAUCGGGCCAGUGCGAGUGUCGAGCGGGCUGGAGCGGACGGUCGUGCGACAGAUGCGCGGUGGGCCACUUCGGGCCGCGGUGCAAGUCCUGCGCAUGCGCGGUGGCCGGCACGCGCGGCUGUAAGGCCGGCGUCUGCCCUUGCGACAAUCACGGCCGCUGUCUUUGUAAGGAGAACGUGGUAGGCGAUAAGUGCGACAGAUGCUUGGAGGGCACAUUCGGCCUGGCAGAAGAGAACCCGUCCGGUUGCACGGCGUGCUUCUGCUUCGGGCGCAGCGCGCAGUGUACGCAGGCCGCCGUCACUCGUGCCGCGCUGCACGCGCCCGCGCCCCACCACCUCACUCUCGUGCCCGCCGAGACACGUGCUUCCAUAGACCAGGAGUCUUUGCUGGCGGUGCACACGCGGUUCCCCGACGCCACUAUAGCGGUGCCUCGGCCGCCGGUGCCGGUGUACGUAGAGCUGGGUCCACUGUUUCUGGGCGACCGUGUGAUGUCGUACGGGGGCGCGCUGCGGUUCACCGUCGAGGAGGAGGGCGGAGAUCAGCUCUCGCCAGAAUUCUUGGACAGGUUCCCGCUCGUUAGGCUUUAUGGACGCAAUCUCGUCUUGGAUUAUUAUGAACGAGUACCGGCAGUGAACGGCACCCACGCAGUGUGGCUGCACGAGUCGCUGUGGCGCGUGCGCGGGCAGGGCACGGCGUCUCGCGGCGCGCUCAUGCUCGUUCUGCAGCGCCUUACGCGCGUGCAGCUACGCGUCUCCACGCGCGCGCCCACAAACACUGACCCCGUACAUGUCCUGGUACUGAAGGUUUCCCUGGAGACGGCGGUGCCGGGCCUGAGCCGCGGCGCGCCGGCGUUGGGUGUGGAGCGUUGCGCCUGCCCGCGGCCCUACGCCGACGCCUCCUGCCAACGCCCCGCCGCGGGUUUCUGGCUGCCGCCCGCAGUCGCAAGUACCACCAACGUCGCCGGCACCAUUGUCAUCAAUGUCGACGCCGUCGCCCAGCCCUGCGACUGCAACGGGCGAUCCUCCACCUGCCACCCCGAUACUGGACAUUGCUUGAAUUGCACGGGGGGCACAGAGGGGCCGCGGUGCGACCGGUGCGCGGCGGGUUACUACGGUGCGCCGGACGCAGCAACCGGCUGCCAGCCCUGCGCCUGCCCCACUACCGCCAGAAAUUUCGCCAGCGCCUGCGCUCUCGUCGGCGGAGCGCUGAGAUGUCGCUGUUUGCCUGGAUACACGGGAGCGCGGUGCGAGGCGUGUGCGGCGGGGUACAGGCGGGUUGCGGAGGGAAAAUGCGCGGCGUGUGGGUGCGACGUGCGCGGCGCGCUGGCGGCCCGCUGCGACGCGCGCGCGCAGUGCCGCUGCCGCCCGCAAGUGCUCGGCGACCGUUGCGACCGAUGCGAGCUACCUAGACACUAUCUCGACGAGGAUGGAUGCAAACCUUGCGAUAACUGCACACAGACCUUGCUGGACGACGUGUCCCGGCUGGCGGGCUCGCUAGCCACACGCGCCGACCUCACCGAGCUCAGCAGGAUUCCGCAGCCCUUCCCCGCCCUCCAGGAGUUCGAUCACAACACCACGUCGCUGCGCAAUUCUCUCUACGACGUCAAAAAAGGCAUAGAACAUUCGAGAAACUUCGAAAACUGGAUCAGUGAAAUGGAGAGAACGGAACACGACGCUUUCAGAACAGUUAAUAAGGUGAAAUUGGAAGCGGCUAAAAGAGAAAAGGAUGCGCAAUACAUCAGCUUGGAGAGCAUGAGCUGGCUGGAAGAGGUGCUGAAGCAGAGGCGGCUGCUGGCGGAGCAGGUCGCCGCGCUCGACGAUUUCGCCCGGGGGGAAAAACAUUUGAGCGCGCAUAGAGCUAUCAAAGAAGCGAGACAUCUGCUGAAGAAUAUAAGAGAAGUAACACUUUCCGAUUACAUGACUGGAGCUAGUGACGUUUCAGAUUCGGUUAACCUGCAAUCGACGUCGGUGCACGAGUACGAGUACCGGAUAGAGGACAUGUGGCGGCGCGUGCGGCGGCUGCGGGCGGCGCUGGAGCAGUGGGAGCGGCGCGCGGAGGACCUGCCGCGGCUGGUAGACGUCGUCUUCUCCGCGGGGGACGCAGUCGCUGAGCUGAGGAAGCGGGUCGCACCGAAGCUCGCUCAUAUUAAAGACGUGGGCUUGCGUUGUCGUCUCGUAUUAGAAGACAUUUCAAACCUCUCGACGGACAACAUGACCGAUCAGACGAGGUCGUUGCUGCUGCAAACCCACAACCUGGCCGUGGGAUUCCCCGGCCUGCUGCGACAGCUGACCACCUUGACUGCGGCGGCGGAGGAGAAGGAGGGCAUCCUCUACAGCCUCACACCCGCCUAUAAGGCGAAGUUUCUGCAGCCGGCCGAGAUUCAUGCCGCCGAGUUAAAAAAGAAAGCCAAAGAAUACAAAAAUUUAUUCGCAGGCACGCGCGCGCUGGCAGCGGGCGGCGUGCGGGCGGCGCGCGCCUGGUCCGAGGUGGCGGGCGCGCUGCAGGCGGCCGCCGCGGCUGCCAGCGCCGCCGCAGGAGCGGCCGACACCGCCGGAAAGCUAGCGCGCGGGCCUAACCCUCUCGUUGACACCGCGCAGAACCAGCUCCGGGCCUCGGAGAUCUUAAAGACCAAGGGGGCCGCCGUUCUGGCCAGAGCCGAUGAGUUACGCAAGCAGCUGGAGGGCGCGCAGCGGGGCGUGGACGUGGUCAGCGUGGAGCUGCGCGCGCUCGGCUGGAAGGAGCGCGCGCUGGCCGGCGGACAAGCCGACAGCAACGCAGUGCGCGAGGAGCUGUCGCGAGCGGGCGUGCAGGCGGACCGCGUGUUCGUGCGGGCGCGUGCGCUGUACGACGAGGCGGCGGAGCUGCGCCGGCGCGCGCGCUACCAGCUGCGGCGGCGCCUGGCCGACCUGCAGCGGCUCGGCGACACCGCGCUCGGCGCCGCGCAGGAACACGUGUCGCAGAUAAACGGCAACACGGUGCGCGGCGCCGAAGUGGCGGAGGCGCUGGGCGCGGCGGCCGAGGCGCGCGCGCGCGAGCACGCGGCCGCCGCGCACACGCUCGACCCCGCGCUCGCCAAACUGCGGCACAACAUCGCCCGCGCCAGGGACGCCGCCGCUUCAAUCUCUGUAUCGGUGACGUCGCCGGGGGCGGGGCCGGGCACCGGAGCGGGUGCGGGAUGCGCUCGCGCGUUCGCGGUGUCCGGUGGCGGCGGCGUGACACGUCUGGGUCUCGCUGUAUCCUUCGACCGCGUCGUCAGGAACGGCACUCUGCUGCUGCUGCAAGACCUAGAGGGCGAGAGAUAUUUGAAGAUGUACGUGCAGAACGAACGACUGCUGGUGUCGUGGGAUGUGGGCAUGGGGCGCGGAGUGCUGGCCCACCCCCGCCCGCUGCGACCCACGCACGACGACGCCGACCAUCUCUCGUAUCGCAUUGAAGUAGAAAGAGUGUGGAGCACGGUGCGAUUAAAAGUGGAGAGUACCGACGAGUCCGCUAUCGUGAGCAACAACAGCACGGAGAGCUCGGGCGCAAACGAGAGGAACGAGUCGGGCGAGGCGGGCGCGCUGGAGGCGGGCACGCUGUGGCUGGGAGAGGCGGGCGCCCCGCUGCCGGGAUGUGUACAUGCGCUGCACGAGGACGACCGCGAGCUGGGCCUCUGGGCCUUCACGCACCAACCUGACACCGCACAAUGCGUCGCCUGCACUCAUAGAUGGUACAACGCGGGCGCUGCGGGGGGAGCCGGCGGUGCGGGCGGCGCGGGCUCGCCUGCGCUGACGUGGUUCGGAGGCGCGGGGUACGCAGAGCUGCGGCGUGCCGGCCUGCGCCCUGCCGACCGCAGACACUUCAGUCUCUCUUUCACGUUCCGAACGCGCGAUGAAAACGCGCUGCUUUUCAUGGCGCUUGAUGAAGCUAAUAACCGGUCGGUGUCAGUGGAGCUGGUGUCCUGCCGCGUCACGUUCCGCGUGGCUUACCGAAGCGCACGGCUGGAGAUCACGGCGCGCGGCCGCCACUGCGACGGUCGGCCCGCACACGUGCAGGCCAUACGGGUCUUCGCCGCUAACAAGCUCGAAAAAGGCAGCCUGCGCGUGAACGGCGAGGAGACGCUGGGCUCCCCCUCCCCGCCGGUGCAGGCGCCCGCCGACCUGCCGGAGCCGGGCGCGCGCUUCUUUGUGGGCGGAGCACCGCCCGGUGCGGGCGUGGCCGCGCCCGCGCUUCUCGGCUGCCUCGGCGCCCUCACCGUGGACCGCCAGGGCUACGACCUCAUGGACACGCCCUACCGCCGCGGACUGGAGAGAUCCUGUGCUAUACGAACGCUGCGGUCGGCGAUCCUGGAUGGCGAGGGCUACAUCGAAGUCGGGGCUCCGGCGCUGCGACGGCGGACGACGCUAGCGCUGUCGGUACGCACGCGCAGCCCCGCCGCGCUGCUACUGUGGCGCGCACCCGCAGGCCCCGCCGCACACCCCGACGACGCAGAGGACACCGACGGCGACGACAACCACUACCUCGCCAUCGCACUUGUCGAAGGCGAAGUGUUGAUAGUGGCGGCGGCGGGACGCGGCGAGCUGCGCCGGCGCUACAAUGGCACGCGGCUGCACGACGGCGCGCGGCACACCAUCCGCCUGCAGCGGGCGCACAAACAACUAGAGGUGUGGGUGGACGACCGUAAGCUGGACGCUGCGCCGCUGGCGGGCGGCGGGCUGCCGGCGCGGCCCCGCGGCCUCUUCCUCGGCGGCGUGCCUCCCGCAAUUCGUCUACCCAACGCGCUGCCCACGGGACUGCCCACUGUUGGACUCGCAGGGACCAUUGAGGACUUUAUUGUUGACUCGGAGCUGAUAAGUUUGGAGAGCGCAGUGCAGGCGGCGGGGGCGCGACUGGGGCGCGGUGCACGGGCGGAGGCCAGGCCCGCGCGCCCUCACGACCUGCUCUCGCAGCCCGACGCCGCUCACUGCUCCAAGACAUCUUCAUAUACAGUGGAGGCGGGCGCCGCGAAAUUCGGCGACGUGGCCGGCAGCUACGCCACGCUGCGGCUGCCGGCGCGCGGGGAGCGCGGGGAGCGGGGCGAGCGCGGGGAGCGCGGAGGGCGCGGGCGGGGGGAGCGCGGAGAGCUGCUGCUCGCGCUGCACUUCCGCACCUUCGCUCCCGACGGCCUGCUGCUGCUGUUGCCUGGGUCAAAAGCGAAACCGAAGCACUACCUGGCGCUGCUGGUGCGCGAGGGCAAGCUAAAGUUAAUCGUGCGCGGCCGGCGACGCCGCGAGCUCGCCCUCGCCGCGCACGUGGCAGACGGCACCUGGCGGGCGGUGUCGGUGCGGGUGGGGCGUACGCGCCUAGUGCUGGAGAGCGGGGGAGCUGCGGCCACGGCCCGCGCGCCGCCGCUCGGCCGCGCAGCGCGCCUUUACGUCGGCGGCCUGCCCUCGCCCGAGGCUAUGCCGCAUUUACCCAACAACAUCAUCCGAGUGGGCGGGUUCGUGGGAUGCGUGCGGCGCGUGGCGGUGAACGGGCGCGCCGAGGAUCUGGUGCGCGACGCGCAGUCGCACCGCGGCCUCGGACAGUGCUUCCCCAGCAUCGAGCAGGGCGCCUACUUCGCCGGUGACGGGCACGCGCUGUGGUCGCGGCGCUGGUGGCGGGAGGACAUGGAGUCGGCGGAGCUACGCCUAGAGUUCCGUACGAGCGCGCCCAGCGGCCUGCUCGCGACGGCGGCGCAAUUCGUGCUCGAGAUCAAAGACGGCGCGGUGGUGUUGAGCGUGGGGUCUGCGCGCACGGAGACGCGCGGCGCGGGCGGGCGCGCGGUUUGCGAUGGCGCGUGGCACACGGUGCGCGCGCGCAUCUGGCACGCCGCGGCCCUGCUCGCGCUGGACGGCGGACCGGAGCUGCGUGCGACCACCCUGCUGCCCGCAGACCUUACCGCACCAUUGUACCUGGCCGGAUUACCAGAGGGCGCGUUGGACACGUCAGAGGGCCGAGAGAACUUCAAGGGAUGUGUGCGUGGGGUGAGCGUGGCGGGUGAGACGCGCGGUUGGCGCCAGCUAGAGGCUCUACACAACGUGCUGCUGGACUCCUGUCCCGUGCCGACGUGACACCGCCAAAGAGACAGCGGGCUCUAUACUCCUGCCUGUCCCUCGUGUCACAGGCCAAAUAAUUCUUGAUAGUCGUAUCUGGGAUCGAUGGGUGAAUCCCUCAGACACAAAGAAGUUUUUAAUG